GCGGCUAGAAGUGCCCAAUUACUUUUUCAAGGCGGGUCUUGAGACGACCCGGAAGCGGAAGUCGAAGAAAGUUCUAGUGGCUUGAGGUAUCGGCGGGAGCGGCCGAGUAGCAAGAGCAACCGUUACUGGAGCCGGAGCUGCCUAUUAAGCUCGAUCAAGAUGACAACCUCCCAAAAGCAUCGAGACUUCGUGGCAGAGCCUAUGGGGGAAAAGCCAGUGGGGAGCCUGGCUGGGAUUGGUGAAGUCCUGGGCAAGAAGCUUGAGGAAAGGGGCUUUGACAAGGCAUAUGUCGUCCUCGGUCAGUUUCUGGUGCUAAAGAAAGAUGAAGACCUCUUCCGAGAAUGGCUGAAGGACACAUGUGGUGCCAAUGCCAAGCAGUCCCGGGACUGCUUUGGGUGUCUUCGAGAAUGGUGUGACGCCUUCUUGUGAUGUUCUCUGGGGAGCCCUCAAUCCCUAGCCCCAUUAUCAAGUCUCCAGAGUUUGCAGCUGAGUGGGGGCUCCUUGUCCUCUACAAAGGAAAAGAUUGCUGUUGUUGUACUCCAGGGUCUUUGGGAGUUCUCUCCCCUCACCAUUUCAAUCUUUUUUGGAAUUUUUGCUCUUGCAUGCAACUCCCUUUCUCUUUCCCCUGCCAGUUCCAUGGAAAUCAUUAACCAGCUUUUCUGAUUGGAUUCCUGGCCCCUUCCCUCACCCCCACCUUCACCUCUGGUCUGUUUGAUGCCAUUUGGCACCUUUUUUGGCAUAACAGUCACUGUCCUUGUAAAGUUUUUUAGAUCAAUAAAGACAGUGGCCUUCA